CUCCCAGCAGCCACCGCGCCACCUCGCCUCCCAGGGUGUCUGCACGAGCUCCCGGCGCCUUUGGAGCCCCCCCCCCGCGAUGAAGAUCUUCGUCGGCUGUGCCCGUCAGCAUUUGGCCCUCCUCAGGCCCCGUUGUCUUCAGAACAGCCUUGCUCCACAGUUAUGGAAAAGAGGCCACCAGGUGCUCCGUUCUUUUCAAAGUCCUAUCAUUCUGCAACAGGGAGGUAGCCCAUGGACGCCCAGCCUUCACGGGGUGCAGCCCCGAUGGCUGAGUAACAUCGACUUGUCUCAAUGCGAUCCAAAGCCACCAUCUAGCUCUGAAAAUUCAGAGAAAUUUGCCGUGAUUUACCGAUUCCCAGCCAUCAGGUUGUUGAAACUCUUCUCGAGGCUGAAGAUAGUGCAGACGGGCUUCGGUCUGCUGAUCCUCCCUCCGCUCUGGUAUUUCCAUGGGCUAAGCCAGUUUCCUUUGGUCACCGGCAUCUUCUCCUUCACCCUCGUCUUUCUGUACGCCAUCAGCUUCUUCCUGCAACGAGUCAUCGGCUUCAUGUAUGUGAACGAAAGCGGGACCCUCUUGAAAAUCUCACACUUGACAUUUUGGGGGAAGAGGAUGAAUUUCUGCUGUCCGGUUGAGUCUGUCGUGACCUUAGGAGACGAGGGCAAAGACAGCAGCAGGUUCCUCCUGAAGUUCAGACAGUGUGACCAGAAAAAAGUGCUGUAUUUUUCACUUGUCUUGGGUCAAGUUAUAGACCACGAAGCCUUUGGCAAAGUGUUUGGGUGUUAUACCUAAGUGUGCGUGAGUGGGGGGAGAGAAAUUUUAACACCUACCCAGAAUGUUUUGCACUGAGGAUUCAUAACCUUGUUAGCGAAAAUAUACUGUAGGUAGUGCUGAACUUACGAUCACAAUGGAUCAGGGGUGAAAUCCAGCAGGUUCUGACAGGUUCUGGAGAACCAGUAGCGGAAAUUUUGAGCAGUUCAGAGAACCGGCAAAUACCACCUCUGGCUGGCCCCAGAGUGGGGUGGGAAUGGGGGUUUUGCAGUAUCCUUCCCCUGGAGUGGGGUGGGAAUGGAGAUUUUGCAGUAUCCUUCCCCUGCCACACACACCAUGCCCACCAAGCCAUGCCCAUGCAACCGGUAGUAAAAAAAAAAUGGAUUUCCCCACUGCAAUGGAGCCCCAAAUUUAUGUUGCUAAGAGACACAUUUGUUAAGUGAGUUUUGCCUCGUUUUAUGACCUCUCUUACCACAGUUGCUAGGCCUGCAACUAGUAUUAAUGCCCCUCCAAUUGUUUUCAGUUGUGAGAAAUAAACAAUUGCCACCAUG